UGGCAGAAAAUCGUUCUUUCGAAAUCUUUACUUGCGGCUAAAUUGCAACUGCUUGCACAAGAGAUUUAGUCAUAUCUUCCAAAAAUGACUUGGUAUUUAGCGUUCGUAAUUUCCCUAUGUAUUGUCUUUGCAUCGRCUGAGGCUUCUCMAUUCCGCYUKUGGCCUAAAUCACACUUAGAAUCAGCCGUCGAAGAUCGGUUGGCUGUUAUUGACAACAAAAUUCACGACAGCUCUACAUUAGUUUUUCAUGCCAAGGACGGGAAAUUAAGGUUCAAGUAUUCGGAAAAGAACGAUUGGUCGGACUGGUCUGUUAUUGGUUCUCCUGAUGGCCAGGAAAUUAUUUCAAACCCAGCAGCUAUACACGAUUCCAGCAAUGUAACUAUUGUAUUCUGYCUUUGUGGUGAUGGCCAAGUGUAUUACGUGCAGCAAAAUAAACAGAAGCCAACCGUGUUUGGACAAUGGACAAAAAUACCAUCUACAUUACCAAAAGACCAAUUAGCUGUUUCMCUCAUUGGCAAAGACAAUGUSAAGUCUCUAAUAUACCAGGGCAAAGUGUCWGUAUUUGCCAGAACCCUUGCAAAAUCUUCAAGGCUGUACUGGACMCAAGAGAUUGGUGGCAAGUGGUCCAAUUGGUCUUUGAUUGGUGGAUCAUCUGUCAGUCUUAKAACUGAUGUGUCUGUUGUUUUUAAUGAAUUCUCUAAAUAUUUGGAGGCAUUUGCAGUAAUGGAGGAUAAGCAUUUGUACAGAACKUGGCAAACAAGUCCAAGUAAAUGGGURUCAUGGGACAAGACUGGAUACAGUGCACCAACAUCAGUUCAUGCCCCAGUUGCRCACUCCAUGUCAAKCAACUUCUUCAAUGGCAAAAUCAAUGUGUUUGUAUUUGGUGAGGAUGGUCAUCUACAUCAUAUAUGGCAGACAACAUGUGACAAGGUUCCCAAUCCAUGGGGCUGGUGCACAUGGAGCUUGUGGUAUAAAAUUGGCGAUGCUAUUCCAAAGACAGUUGAUUCUGCUAAUMCAUUGAGUAUUGGUGCAAAUAUCCAUCAUGGGAUUGAGGUGUUUACUGUCAGUAGUGAUGGAGGGCUGUGGCAUCUCUGGCAGCUUGAUCGAGGYGGUGACUGGAGUUCCUGGGAUUACGUUGGACGUCCCAAGUCUGGUCCCAUUGCAAGUCAUCCUGCAGUCAUUAAUGAUAAUAAAGGCUGGUGGGCUGCGUAUGCUCUUGGAUUUGAAGAUCAAAUAGAAACCAUUGAACAAAACAGAUCAAUGAUCCUGUCACCAGCUGAAGCACCGUCUGGUAAACCAAUCACAGUGUCAUGGUUGGUACCUGUAGAUGAGGCAACUGCCAUGGAUUGGAUAGGUGUUUAUCCUGUUGAUUCUGACAAUUCCAAAUAUGUAGACUUUUAUUAUGUUGGAGGUGGACAAAACCCUGGAGAAAAGGCUCUAGCUAAAGGCUCAUUGACAUUUACAUCAUUUUUACCAAAAGGACACUAUGAAUAUCGAUAUCUGGUGAACAAAAAAUACUUUGAUGCAAUGCAGACUCCCUUCACUGUAACUGCAGGUCCUACUGACAAGGAGUGGGUACAAGUUUACAAAGGACUUGCUGCAGGUUUAGGCAAGUAUAAUAUCAGUUUUGAGACAUGUGCAGAGGAUGGAGAGCAGACAGUGGAAGCAUUCAAGAAAGCCUUUGAAGCAUUUGAUAACAAGGAAAUCUACCGUGGUAUGCAGUAUGUUGGUCAGGCAUUAAUAGACAUUUACAAGGCAUUCUUGGCCUGUGAAGAGACUUCAAUUGCAAAGGCUUUGGAGAAACUUGCUAAAGACUUUUUAGCUUGUACUGAAGAGAACUGUGUAAACUUUGCCAUUGAUGCCAUCAGAGAGAUUGUGAUUCUGUUCAAGAAUAUCUAYGAGAUAUAUGGUGAUGUAAAAGGAGCAAGUAAUUCAUUUAAGAUUGAAGCUUAUGAACAGGGUGGAUGGUGCAUUGGUCGUGUAGUUGCUGUAUGUAUAUCUCUACCAGGGAAAUAAGAAAUCAAAAUUAUGAAAAUCUCUCUCUUAAAAACAGAUUAUUGUCAAAAGAAAUAACAAAUAAAUAUAUUUUUUACUAAA